GUCAACCAAAAAUCCUUAAAAAUGGCGGAAAAACGCGCGAUUCUCACUAAAAAUGCACCCCCACCCCUUCCUGGGAUCUACUCACAAGCCAUAGUCGCCAAUGGAUUUGUGUAUUGCUCUGGCUGUGUACCCAUGGACGCCCAAACAGGCAAGAUCGUUGAUGGAGAUAUCGCGUUGCAUACUGAGCAAUGCAUCAAGAAUGUAACGCACAUUCUCGAAGCUGCGGGUUCGCACAUUGAUAAAGUCGUUAAGGUCAAUGUUUUCUUGUCUAACAUGGAAGACUUUGCGACAAUGAAUUCAGUCUACACGCUCUAUUGGGGUGAUGUUAAGCCUGCCAGGACUUGUGUGGCUGUGAAGACAUUGCCCUUAAACUGUGAUGUGGAAAUCGAAUGUGUCGCCAUUCUAUAAUUGUACCCUUGAGGUUUCGAUAGAAUGUCGGGCACUUGGAGCUGCUGGCUCUGCAGGCAUGCCAAGAAAGUACCGUUGUUUGUUGGAGGCUUCUUUAGCGUGAUCAGUUACGAACCAUGUCCACCAGGGCAAUACCCGAAUGCACGCGGUCAUCAAGAUAUUUUGCAGGAGUCCUCAGCGGCAGAACAAGGCUGAUUCCUCAAGCCGCAACCUCUGGACUGCCCAAGUUAGCUCAUUAUGAGAGGCCGCUUUUGAUGGAGCCUGAAAACGAAUAAAAACUCGCAGUCAUAGGACAUAGGGAAGAAUCCUUUCUAUCAGAACUAGCUCUCUACA